AUGAGCCUGAACAUGGCUGCCGGACGCGACAAGGUUAUUCAUCCGGGUGAAAGAAAUCGGCUGAAUGAGUAUAUGCGCCAUGACCAGGAUAUCAGCCACGAGAAUCUCCGGUCAUCCAGAGACUAUAUCUGCAUCCUUGUACGUCGGAAAAAGUACGUGAUUCAUCUGGGCACUCACGCGCUAGCCGCUGAACUCGAAGUCCAAAUCGUCUGCCCAGCAGGAUCACCAUUGCCGAAUUAA